AUGAACAGCACUCAAGGCCGCGGGAAGAUUCCUAGGCCAUCCAACUGCUUCUUCCAGUACCGCGCAGCAAAGCUCAAGGAGCUCCGAGAUGAAGCGGCAGCCCUCGGGCUCAAACGCCCCUCCCAGAGCGAGCUCUCAAAGAUCAUUGGGCGAAUGUGGAGAGAGGCGCACCCGAACGAGAAGGAUUUCUACGUCGACAAGGCAGCGCAGGAGAAGGAGGCGCAUAAGAAGGCAUACCCCGACUACCACUACCGACCACGGAAGAGGGCCAGACAGGCGGAGGAGGAUGCGAGACAAACAGAUCAUGACCGGCAGCCACCUUUUGUCUCUUCGCAGACGUCCACGGCGUCUAUUCCGUGCCCGGGCAUCGGUGCCACUCCAGGGCUCGUUCUCGGGCCAUCCCCCAACGCUGACAUCAAGCCUAGGGUUCAUCCAUCCACCCAGCUCAGCAGUCGCCGAGGUGGCCGCGCAAACCAGGUGCGUGUGGAACCACAAGAAUCUGCACCUGUCAGCAAGCGACGGAAAGAAAUAUCGGAGGCGCCGUUCCUCCCGGGUCAACCAUGGGUAUUUCAUGCCUCCAGGGCGGGCUUGGAGCCACUAGACGUACAUAUACCAAUGCCGCCUCUGCUUCCAUACGGAGGACAACUCGGGUGGCAACCAACGGGGUCGGUCGCGCCCCCGCAAGCGCCGCACGUGGCUAUCACGCCCCUGCCGCCAUCGCAGCACAAGUCGCUCCUCGACGAACUCUAUGAUCCCAGGCUGUCAUACUGGGAGACCGCUUGCGCGCCACUCAACGCCGGCUUCUGCGAGUUCGCGUCCUUCGGUCUCGGCGGCACCAAUGGUGUACCGGAUGCUUCAUCCCCGAAUCCUCCUGACUUAACUGAUAGUGCCUCCUCACCCGAGAGCGUGUCGGACGGUUGGGGCAGUCAGACGUUCACACUACCGACGCCGAGCCCUCCUUCUAGCGGCUCGGCCUCGGUACUGUCCUCGGGCGACGAUAUAUCGUCAGUCGAUUUCAUGAGGUUCUUCAAUGCAGAUAACUACGCGACCGUGCCAGGGUCCGCGUCCCUCGCAUAUCAGGACAUGGCUCAGCCUUUCCUGUUCUCACCUAAGGUCGAACCAGGGCAGACCCAACAUCUGCGCGACCCGUUCCAUGCCCUCCCGCCGAACGCCGUGUGGCCGAAGCAUUUGGGCAUCUAGGCAAAAAAAAAUAUCGCGUUUUAUCUUGACUGUUGACAUACUGUGUAUUAGUGGUUGAGCACCAUUGUUGGUCUGCUCCCCUUCCGACUCUUGUGACUGUCAUAUCAUCGCCCAGCCUCCUUCCAUCGCCUUUUC